CAGACAUCGGACUUAGAUCGUAGCACAAGCGCCUGGCCAACUCGCCAUGCCUUCUCAAGUCGUUCGACCGUAGCACGAACCACGCGGGGCGCGCACCACGCGCGCGAGACCCGCCGAAGACCAACCUCACGUCGCCGAGCCUCGCAUGUCAGCGCUGUGGAAGCGACGAAGAGGAACUCUGCAAGAGCUGCAAGUCCCACCCAGGUCGCUGACGUCGUCGUCCGUGGUGGAAGAUGGCUCCGCGACGCCGGAGUUGGAGUUGGACUCCUCCGUGGAGAAGAUGCUCAGUUGCUCGACCACCUGCACCGAGCUUGUGAGCAGUUGGAGCCGUCAAGUCAGCAGGAAUGUGGAAGCACCCCAUUGGCUUCCAGGUUAUGAGAUGGUGGAAGUCCUGGGGAAAGGAUCCGUCGGCAAAGUCUUACGAGCCACCAGGUUGUCCGACGGAUUGGACGUGGCGGUCAAGGCCAUGGACGCCAGGGAUGAACAGCAGGUCCGUGAGCGGCGGCGGGAGUUUGAGAUCCUGAACAGGCUGAAUCAUCCAAACUUGGUCUAUGCCUGGGACUUUAUUGAAUGUGAAUUGAAGGUGGCCAUGAUUUUGAGCUACCACCCUGGGAGCACUCUGGACGUGAUGGUAAAGUCAUUGCCAGAGAGAUGUUUCGGAGAAGAGGUGGCUCAAAAGCUUUUCUUUAUGCUGAUGUCUGCGAUCAAGUACUUGCACGACCACCAUGUGGUCCAUCGGGACAUCAAGGCGGAAAAUAUCAUCAUUGCCAUGGAUCAUCAAGAUCUUCACUUGGCAGACUUCAAUGUGGCCAAGGAUCUGCAAGAGGGUGGCGCUCUGACGAUGACGGGCACGUUGCAGUACUCCGCCCCCGAAGUGCUCGAUGGCUUCUCCCCAUCACAUGGGCAAGACAUUUGGGGUGCCGGGCUGUGCUUGCAUGUCAUGGUCGCUGGCCGCCUGCCUCAUCGCAUGACGGAUUCCUUGGAGCACUUUGCAGCCACGAUGCGGCGGAAUCCUAUCCGCUGGUCUAGCUGGAGCCACAUCAGUGAUGCUGGCAAAGAUACGGUGCGCCAGUGCUUGUGCGUGGAGGAGUUGAAGCGCCCCACAGCCUCGCAGAUUCUCGAGCUGCCAUGGUUGGCGGAGUGAGGGCGAGCGUUGCGCAUGGCGCUGGAGUCGGUCUUUUUUGGCGUCAAGUUCAAGAAAGAGCCCCUCCGCUCGGCGUCAAACUGCACGCUGUCCAGUUCCCUGAGUGAAGUUUCUUGUGCACCACAAUCCGGAGUGUCCCAGUGGAUGCCGGAAAAUAGACUGACUGAAGGUCAGCGACUGAACAUUUUGUCCGACGGGUUUCUUUCCGA